UAAAAAUGAAACUUUACAAGUGACUCGAGAAGAUUGUCAUUGUCUUAUUUCAAUGUAAUAAACGAGUUAUUAAUGCUAUGCUUCAGUGAGUUUUUAGGUGUAACUCGUUACACUUAACAUCAACCAACAAUUAAGAUUAUUAAUACACCAUACCUGAGUACAGACAGACGUGUGGUUUCUUACAAUGAUAAACUUUUGCUAUCUUUCGUUUAUUGUGACUUUAAUGGUACCGAGUAUUCAAUGUUUACUUGUUGAUGAGGGGAACAAUGAACCGUGUAUACAAGGAGAAAACUGUCUCCUGCCAAAAUGUUUCUGUCUGGGACAAAAGAUGCCACCAAAAAAUCUUACAGUAGAAGAAAUUCCACAGAUAGUUGUUUUGGCUUUCAAUGAUGCCGUGAACGUUCAGAAUUAUGCUUAUUAUUUGAAAUUGUUCGACAAAACCAGAAAGAAUUCCAAUGGCUGUCCGAUCAAGAUGACUCUUUUUGUUCAGGAUCUGUAUACCAACUACACUAUGGUGAAAGAUUUAUACAAAAGGGGAAUGGAAAUGGCAUCCCACAGCAUCACACACAAGCUUCCCAUUUCAUACUGGAAGGAGGCAAGUAAAAAGGAAAUUUCGUACGAAAUAAACGAACAGAAAUCCAGAUUGGUACAAAAGGCGGGAAUUCCGGACAGAGAAAUUAGAGGAUGGAGAAGUCCGUAUCUCCAACCAACGGGUGACUUGCAGUUUUCUGUUUUAAAUCAAAAUGGAUUCCAUUACGACGCCAGUCUAGGAAUCCAAAGACGAAAUUUGAAGGAAGAACUCUCUUGGCCAGGAACCUUACAUUAUAAAUGGCCGUUCAAGUGUGAAAUAAAUCCAUGUCCGGCCAAAAAUUACAGCUUGUGGGAAGUUCCUGUGAUAUCACUAGUCGACCAGGAUUCCCUCUAUCCCUGCAUGUAUGUUGAUUCCUGCAUUAAUAAACCCGAAGUCGAAGAGGAGGCGUUUCAGUUAUUAUGGAAGAACUUUAAUAGUUAUUACGCAAGGAAUAAAACGCCAUUUAUAUUAAAUAUUCAUGCUCGAUGGUUGAACACAGAUUUUCAAAUGGUUGCUAUGGAACGGUUUAUCUUAUCGUUGUUAGGAAUGGAUGAUGUUUACAUUGUAACCAUGCAUCAGAUGUUAGAAUGGAUACGGAACCCCGUUAAUCUGACCGAUAUUUUGGACUUUAAACCUUGGAAAUGUCCUGAAAAUGGAUCAAAGACUACGGUCUUCAGUUUGACAUUUUUGGCAUCGGUUCUAUUCAUUGGAAAUCUUUUUCUAUAAAAGAAUAAAUCAACCCCCGCUAAUGGAUUCCCUUCCCCGGUCAGAACCAUGGAACAGACAUUUGGAAUAAAUCAUGAUUCACAGGCAAUAUUUUAUGAGUUUUAGAUAAUGAUGUGUGUGUCUGCACCAGCUGGCAAACUAUAUAUAAUUUAUACCCGUGAGGAUACUCAAAUGAUAAUUUAUU